AUGACACCCCCUCGACGCCGUUUUCCCAACACGCACUGCCCUCUACCCUUCCACUAUGCCCCAGUGCAAUCGUUCUUGUCGCAGGGCAAACUCUACCGCAGCACACCGCGACUGUCCAACCAGAGGCCCGCACCGGCAACCCGAGCACCACGCACCGGUGCGAUCGCCGCGUACCAGCGCACCGUCAACACGCACCCGGCCUACGUUGCCCCGGGAGCCGGCGAGGCGAUCCCCGGCCUCCUGGCGCGCGCCUACACGCUGACUGCGCCCAACGCUGCCCCGGGCCGUGAUGAGCAGAGAGCGUUCCUGGCGCUGUUCAACGAAGUCGGCGAACAGUCGAGAUUGCAUAUGCAAAACGCCCUGCAUCCGGAAAACGUCUCGUCGCAGCACCGUUCGCCGCUUGAGAGUCUGCGUUCCAAGUACGCACAGCUGCUGCAGCUGCUCGAGAGAGACGAUAAUUCCGACAAGCUGACCGGCCAGCUGUCAGAAAUGGAGAGGCAGAGCUUCGAGCGCUCGAUCGAAACGCUGCAGGCCGAGCACAGCUUGUUGCAGGUGGCGAAGGGGUAUGCUUCGACGUUUCCGCAUCUGUGA